ACAGCCCGUAAUCACUGUUCCCGAAUCGUAUGAAUUGUCGCGAAGACGGAUUUUGAAUUGUAGCGCGUGGUGUCAGAUCGGAGAUUUCUGAUUGGGGCCGUAGGACCAAUCAGCGGUGGUUGCGCAUAAGGGAGAGGUUGAUACUCUCCGGUGCUCCUGAUUACGAUCGAAAGAGAAGGCAACUUCCUUCUUCUUGCUUGGACCGUCGACGACGCGAGUCGUAUUUUUGGAACCGUUUGUUACCGGGGUAAUUGCUGUGGAGAAUCCGGACUUCAUCCGAGGCCGCGUAUACGGGCUCAAUUCUCCAAAUCGAAGAUACGUAGAGAUUUCGUAUCAGUGGACAUGGGCAAGCGGUGUGCAAUUUCAGGCUGCUCCACAGGAGAUCCGGAGGAAAUAAAGAAGAGGAAAUUGCUUCAAGAAAAGCCAGUGUAUUUAUUUGGUGUCCCAAAGGUAAUUACAUCCUUAAUUUAAAUUAUUUUCAUCAACAUCAUCCAGCCAUAUCUGUCCAUUGCCAGAUAUAUGGGCCUCUCUUAAGUUACGCCAUAAUCCUCUGUCACUACCCUUUAGCAUCCAGUUGUUAACAUUUCUUUUUUUGUCAUUAGUCCAUCUCGGUGGUCUGCGAUGACUGCAUCUGUCUGUCAGUUAUAGGUCUUCAUUUUAUUAAUUUUCUGCUCCAUGUUUCAUUUGCUUGUUGAAUACCAAACCACCCAGUUUUGGGUGGUUUGCCUCUAUAACAACUCCGUCUUCUCCCAGCAUUUCUUGCUUCACUUAUAUUGUACAUAACGGUUAAUAAUAUAUUUUUAUUUUGUAGGCUGCAGCCGAAGCAUGGUCGACUGCAAUCGAAGCAACGACACCAUUAACACAAAAUGUUGUGUGUCAGUAUCACUUUGCUGCUGAGGAUAUCAUUACGCACUUCGUUCAUCCAAUGCCUGAUGGAACGGUAGUUUCUAUUGAACGAGAGAGGUACGUGCUAUGAAAGGAUGCAUGCCCAGUUGCCGAGGCAAUUCGUUAAAUGCCGCAGUCACCUGAAAUCCUUGGCCAAUGGUCUGGUUCCACUAUGUCUGAAGCUGUGGCAAUUGAGAGCACGUCGGAAGCUGGGGAUAAUGUCAGCACACGCCAAGCGGUAGACAACGAUUACAAAUCACGGGGUCUCGCAGACAGUCACGACAAUAGUGAUUUUGACAGCGAUAAAGAGAUGACAAGUCUGGUGACAGACGCCCUAGUUUCAUACAGCAUGGAAAAUCUGAUGACUGAUCUAGCAGCUAGCCAGUGGAGAGAGAGUUGGGCAUGGAGCCGCAAUGUUAAAGAAAUAGUUAUAGUUUAUCUGACACAGUAUAAAUACAACUUGCUAUAUGCAAAAUAAACAUAUUUUCAAUACAACGUUCCAUGUUCAUACAUCAUUCAUUAACUUAUCAAUAAUGUGAGGAAUUUGAGCGUGAAUCUGGAAGCUAAAACAGAAGAAUAUUCCAGAUAAAUGUUGAGGCACAAAGUUGAUUAACAAUUUCAAUAGGGUAAGCAUCGACAUUUGUUCAUAUAUACUUUUCAACUGCGUAACAUUACUUUUUUAUGGCAUCUUUCUCCUUUACUUGCUUUGCUGCCCACCAUUUCUCCUGAGCAGCAAACCAUUUCAUCUCGCUCAUGGAGGAUAGAUAUCGACAACGGGAACGUCGUCCGGAUUGUUCAUGUCUAAACGAUAACUACAAAAAUAAUAAUGAAAAUGUAAUUGUAAUCGUAAUACUUUAUUAAAAUUAAUAUGAACGUUGCUAACCUUCAAAGUAACUAUUGGAUUUCGCGGCCGGCGCCGAGUAUAUAUAAUGAUAUAGCCAGUCUCCGUGUAUAUACAGGGUGUUCCUUAUG